AUGAAUGUCGAUGAUUCUGAUAAAUAUAGCUAUAGUGAAAGCGACGACGAUGAUUCUGAUGACACUGAUACUCUCAUGGCUGAGCUUGUACGCAUUAAAAAAGAAAGACUUGAGGAUUGGCUUCGCAAGGAGCGACUAGAACAGGAAGAGGAGAUAAAGGUAAAGGAAGCAAAACUUAACUGCGGCAACCCUCUGGUCAGUAAUGCAGCAUCGUUUACUAUUAAAAGAAGAUGGGAUGACGAUGUGACUUUUAAGAGCCAGAGUCGGGUGAAUCUAAAACACCCAAGCGCUUCAUCAACGACACGAUCAGGAAUGACUUCCAUCGAAAAUUCUUGCAAAAGUAUAUGA